CUGGACAAGUGAAUUAGCAGCUGGUAUACCAAGGUGGAGUAUGCAACUUGAGACCCUAUGACAGGAGGGGCUCUGGAGUGGCUGAGUGACAGCACAGAGAGAAGGCGGUUCUCUGCUCCCUUUGAGAGCCUUUGGUGUGCCACAGACAACUUUUACGUCAAGACUUGAAGGGCAAAAAGUUUGACUGGAGGGACAGUUCAACUGGUGUGGAAUUUUCCUUUUAUUCUGCUGGAAGCCCAAACAUUGGUGGUGCCAACCGCAAAGAAGAAGGGAUUUAUAACUUGGUUUUUGAGAACGAAGGAGGCAGAGAGCUCCCAUUCUUCGUAAUUGCCCUGGGAACCCUGCAAUAAUAUCCACCAUGAAGAAGAACUGUUGAACCCCUCAAAAGACCAUCAUCAUCAUCAUCAUAAUCAUCAUCAUCAUCAUCAUCAUCACCGGCCAAAAACACUCUUUGGAAGCAUUUUAUGUUUCUCAGAAAUCUCCAGCAAAGGCAAGAGCUUCCAUCCAGCUCAUAAGGUGGAGGCAAAGCAUAACAUUAACAAAACAUCUUAAGGUGGCACUCGGGAACCUCGAUUAGAAGCAUCUAAGCAUCACCACCUUCAAAUCACUUCUCACCACAGACGGAUUUGACUGUUGAUCAUCCACAGAGGUACUAUGGUGGCUUUGCUCAAGCUUUAUCUCAUGGCUUUCAGCUUCGUCUUCUGGGCAGCAGGUCUAACAAUGCUGAUCAUUGGUAUUUGGGCAAAACUUUCACUGGAGACCUACUUGGUGUUGUCUACCAAUGAAUACCCCAAUACCCCCUUCAUUUUAUUGACUACAGGCACUGCUGUCAUAGUCUGGGGCUUUUUGGGUUGCUACAGUGCUGCCACUGAACACCGUUGUCUAUUGCGCACUUAUGGAAGUUUUCAGUUCGCUGUGCUGGUGGCUGGCUUAGCAGUAGGGCUCUCCAAUUUGCUUUAUCGCAAGGAUAUUGCUGAAGGCUUCCAGAAUGGGCUUUGGGAAGCCAUACGUUCCUACACUGAGGAUGAAGGGAAGACAGAAGUAUUGGAUGCUGUUCAACGCUCCUUGAACUGCUGUGGGGUCGAGAGUUACCGCGACUGGUUUUCCUCACCCUGGUCGAUGGAAAAACCAACACCCAACAGCUCAGUGCCCAUGAGUUGUUGCAGGGCACGCAAAGGUUGCCUGCACAGUCCUCUCCCUUCAGAUGCCUGGGGCAUUUACCACGAUGGAUGCUUCACCAAGAUCUCUCACUUUGUCAGUGAUAAUAUGUUCUACAUUGCCACAGCUGGACUUGGGGUUGCAGUCAUGCAGGUAGUAGGUAUUAUCUUGACUAGCCUGCUGGCUGCCCGAAUCCCAUCAGGUGGUGUUUCUCAUUCAAUCUGAUGCACAGCACUGAGUUCUUUUCUUCUCUCAUUCAAAGCUGCCUCGAGACUACUGGAAUGUCGGCAAGACUAUAAUUCUACCUGUCUUUUGUUCUCUUCCACGCAUGAAAAAGGAAAUAUUUUCUACCUGCAAAGCUGCCUCAAGUUGGGUGCUACUUAAAGCCACUCGCUCAUAUCAAUAGAGGGAAAACAAUACAUCUCUGUUUUCUUGGGGCAGCUGUUGAUGCCUUUCUUAACUUUCUGGAGGGGAAGAGUAAUUAAGGGCCACAAGUGUGAAAAUAAAAAAAUAUUCUUAAGAAAGAAGCCAGUGUUUUUUGCAAUCUGUUAGCUGGCCAUGAAUGACCAGAUAAAGUGAGAUAUAUUUCCUUAUGAUGUAAGAUAGCCUUGAUGUUUCAUGAAUGAGCUAAUCUUGAAAAAUAAUUAGAAAUUGCAGCUUUCAGGCUUACGAAAGAGAAGCUCAAAGGGUCCUUUGUACAUUCUCAAUGUGAUAGAAAACUUAAUUCUUGGCAAAAGUCAGUGAAAACCUGUCAAACUGCAAGGGAAUUUCUCUCUCCAAAUGUCUGUUACUGCCAGAAACGUUAUACAGUAGAGUCUCACUUAUCCAAGCUAAACAGGCCAGCAGAAGCUUGGAUAAGCGAAUAUCUUGGAUAAUAAGAAGGGAUUAAGGAAAAGCCUAUUAAACAUUAAAUUAGGUUAUGAUUUUACAAAUUAAGCACCAAAAUAUCAUGUUAUACAACAAAUUUGACAGAAAUCUAGUUCAAUACGCAGUAAUGUUAUGUUGUAAUUACUGUAUUUAUGAAUUAUAUCACAAAAUAUCACAAUAUAUUGAAAACAUUGACUACAAAAAUGGCUUGGAUAAUCCAGAAACUUGGAUAAGCGAGGCUUGGAUAAGUACAUGGACUUUCUCCCUUGAUGGAGCAACGCCUCUCUCUGUGUUUUGCCCUAUUCAGGAGUUACACAGUUUGCAUCUUUUAAAUGGGAAAAAGCCCUAUAUGGUUAUUGUCAGACUUUGCGAUUUUCUAGAUAUGCUAAUUUUAUCAAAUUUGUCCACAGUCUUAUUUGGUAGCUGUUCAGUUUAGUUGCAAUAAACAUUAGGAGUCUUAGGUUGAAGCUGGGGGCAAAAAUGCCAUGGAAUAACAGGUACCCAAUGGCCUGUGAAAAAUAAUGUGGAAAGGAUGGCUUCUAUUUUAAAGAAAGAAUAUAUAAAAAAGAAAGAGAGUUGAAUAGCUGGGAAACUGAAAAGCAAUCUAUACUGAAUGUGAACCGCCAGCUUCUGGCAAUCCACUUGAACCUUCACAGUCCAGAUGUAGUAGUAUCAGAGAACCAGAAUUCAGGAUCCUUGGGACAAAGUUAUUAUUAAAAGCCAAAGCAAGGAGAAUUUCCCCCUGGAUACUUCUAGCAGUAAGUGUUGGAAGCACGCUAAUCAAGCAUAAACUGCUAAUCAGUACCGUAAUUAUCCUACAGAUAUCAAACUAUGAGCAGUUUCAUAAUACAUUUUUACCUAUGGGUAAAGAAUAUACAGUACAGGCCUCAAACUUGUAUGGGACUUAUUGUGGAAAAAAAUAAUAAUGAACCCUAUUGAAAGGAAUGACUUCUAGUGAAAGCAUAUCAUAGAAUUGCACUGUGGGAACUAAAAAUAUAUAUUUAUUUACCCUAUUUAUAAAAUAGAAUGAUUAAAACUAAUACAUAUUAACAUUUAAAAACAUCACAUUCAAUAUUAAAAUUAUGCCAUCCAACUUGGAUGGAUGUCUAGAGAGAUUGUUUUUUCCAGACAUGGGUAAAGUAAAAUUUUAGAUAUUCAUUCUGCAAAUACAGUGAUCAUAUUGUACAGUUAUUCUGGGUAAAGUUUAUUAUUUUUCUGAUAUUUUAAUCUGUGAUAUUUAGGCUUAUGCCUUAAAAUGUAAAAGGAGUAUCUUAUCAUUAUCACCAACCAUGGAAAGCAUUUUUGUAUGAGUGAUAAGUCACAUGGACGUCACAAUAUUGCUUUAGGUUAUGUAUGAGUAGUUGCAUUUACAUUUUUAUUUCUCUGUAUUUAAUAUAUUUUACCUCACAAUGCAUAGAAAUUAGCAUGUGGGCGUGAGAGAAAAGCCUACUCAUAUCCACACCAGUGCUUCAUUGAGAAUAAAUGGAGCAGAUGCUAAGAAAUUUUUCUGUGCAUGGAAAAUGCUUAUUUAUUUGUAUUGUUUAGAAAUGGCCAAGGGGAUAGUAGUAGUCAUGGUACUAAAGAAUGUAAGUUGUAAUAUAUAUUACUGAACCUUGUAGAUUCUUCUACAAUUCUUCUACAAUUUUCUAGAGAAAUGUGAAUUGGGGUUGUUGUAUGUCUUUCGGGUUGUGUGAAUUGAUUGUAUCUCUUUAUAGAGUGUGCACCUAGAGCAUGACUGUGUGAGGCUAGUUUUUUAAAAUUCCCUGUAUUUAUCUGUUGUGUUCUCUUCCUCAGCAGGAUGAGUGGCUGGGAGAAGAUCAAUAAAUACUUUUAAUAAACAAUAAAUAGGCGCAGCAGUGUCCUGUUAAAGGAAA